AAACUUCAGAUUAUAAUAUGAGCACGUAUUGGUUGAAGAACUUCGUCGGAUUGAAGCAGUCUGACUUCGAGUUAUUGAAAGUCCCCAAUCCCAGCACGGAGUUCUGCAUACAUGUGACGUUAAGGAGUGUUCAGACUGGAGCUUUACUUGGUUCGGUACUUGGCCCACUAUCUGCAGCGAUCUUCGAUUCAAAGAAUGCGAAUUCAAAAAUGCUCACUGAAAAAUUUAUCAGCGGUGGAACAAACGGUGCUUUGAUCGGUGCAGCAAUGGGACCAAUACUCACUUAUCUAGCUUUACGUGACUUGAGCACAGUAAGAUUGUACGACAGAUGCUAUCGGUUGAGAUUCGAUAAACAAGCAUUAUGGCAAGAUCGCACAUGUUUUCUAUCAGCUGCUGUUGGUUAUUUGACUAGUGGUUCGCUUGGACUAAGUAGGCAAACAGUAAAUCUCAUGGUCAGUUGUGAUUUGUUAGAGGUUUUACAUCUCAGAGUACAUAAUUUUAUGAACUGUCAUAAAUCUAACGUAAACUACGUGUUUUACCUCGCUAUGUUGAAGCAGGCAUUUCUCAGUUUUGAUUUCCUUCAACCUAAUCGUUAUUUCCAAUCACUGCGAACGCCACCGUCUUGCAAGAUCAACCUCUAUGCUCGAACCACCCAUAAUUUUAUUAUUGCAAAAGGAUAGGAAUGAACAUUAGC